CCUCUGUCCCUGGGCCCUCAUUGGUCCGCACAGGCUUGAAAGCUUCUAUUGAGUCAGUCAGGAGGAAUUUGGGGUACUAAUGCCACACUACAGGAGGAGGAAUUUUCUGUGAUUCCGGUAAACAGCUGACCGCUCUCUUUGCGAGCUCAGCCCUCCUCCUCUUCUCCCUUUCCUUCUGUCCUUUUGGUUUCUGCAGUGCAUUCUCUGUGUUGAACUGUGCGAACUAACAAUUCACACACCACUCUGAUAAUCCACUGAUCAGUCAUGCCUUUGGUCAACUUGCUGGGGUCGAAGGGAAAGCUGGUGCUGGGCACUCUCCUUAUUUGUGCCGUAAUCUUGGAAUUAGCUUAUUGUCAAAAAGAUGCCCAAGAACAGAGGCCCACUCCAGGGACAAGGCCCAAGCCGAGCAAACCCAAACCAGGGAAAACAACAAACAAAGGGCCCAGAGCUGUAACAGCCAAACCCAAGAUCAAAGCAACACCUGCAGCCCAGGCACAACCCUUACUCACACAGGUGCUAAACAAAGGGAAGUUUAAGAAAGUGGGAGAAGCUGUAAGUGUGCAGACAGGAGAUACUCUGGAGCUGAGGUGCAGGGGCAAACCUGUGUCGUGGAGCGUCCCCACAUACCUGGAGGAGGAGGAUGAUGGAAGGCUCAGUAUUGUCCAACAUGAGCGAUAUGGUGCUCUGACAUUAGUCAACACAACAGGUGCAGACACAGGAGAGUACACCUGUUACCCAAUGUACUGUGAAGACACAGACUGCAGGAAGGAGUACGGCAAAGCUGUCAAGGUCUUCGUCUUCUUUCCUGACCCACAAGAACUAUUUGUUCCGUCGUCUGACUACUACGAGGUGAUUCAGCUGAGAACCAACUGGCCGACGGUCCUCCCCUGCCAGGUGACGUCGCCUGAGGCCAAAGUGACUCUACACCGCGAGUAUCCACCGGUGGAGGUGGCGGUGGAUGGGACAGAGAUCUCCUUUAAUGUCAAGAAGGGCUUCACCAUCCAUCGACCCCGGCCUUAUCAUGCUGGAGCCUUGUACUGUGUAGCCAGUUUGGGUAACCUGAGGCAGAGCUCCACCAAGUACAUGCUCAUCUAUGUCAACUACCCCAUGGCUCCUCCUGCCCCAGUGAUUCAGGCUUCAUCGACUUCAGUGGUUGUGGGGGAGAACCUGCGUGUCAGCUGCAUUGUGGUGGGAGAACAGAAUGUGGCUGUGGAGUUCACCUGGGAAUACCCAGGACAACAGAGUGGAAGGCCUCCAUACACACAGGAGAGCGUCAGUCCGGUUGGUGGAGGAGCGGCUCAACAGCAGUCUCAGUCAGUUCUCCUGGUGGAUGAGGUGAGGGAUGUGGACCAGGGGACGUACACCUGCACCGCUCACAACCUGCAAGGAGCCAAAUCAGUAUCCGCCACGGUUAAAGUGGUCCCCAAAGCAAAAGCUAAGAAACCAUGACCCACCGCAGCUAUGUGACAACACUAACAGAGAGAGGGGGAGGGAGGGUGGAGAUCACAUGCAGCAUUUCCCUCUGCCGCAGUAUUAAAAAGUAUUUUAUCACCUUUGAAAACCUGCUGUAAUCAAAACAAAAGAUGAUCGUUUUCCUCUGAAACAAAUGAAAAAAACACACUGCACCAUUACAGUCAUGAGAGUUUUGUUGUUUAGAUGAAUGUAGGUUGAGCAUCAAAUUUGUAUCUUAAACGUUUUAUACACACACACACACUUUUGUCUGUCUUUUUUUUUUUUUUAGUUAUUUCUUAUUGCACAUGAUCCUGCCAAAGAUAAAGAUAUAUAAAAUAAAAAUAAAAUAAAAACAAA